UAAAUCGCGAUGUUGCGAUGUCACAGUUAGGUUAGGUUUAGGUUACUGUGAACAGUGCGAACAGUCGAUUAAAAUGGUUAAUUUGCAUUUAUUUGUUACGUCGACCACAAAUUUAUUAAAUAAUUAUGGAUUGGCAAGAGUCUGCUUGACGAGUCUUACAAGAAGCUAUAGCGUUUUUCCACCCCAUUAUAUUAAACCCACUUUUAGAAAAGAAGAUCAAGAAACUUUGUUUAAAAGCGAUGAAGCAAAGAAGAUUGUGCAUGAGCAAGUGAAACCAGCCUUAGUCACUGACACAUGCUCCGAAUUUUAUGAUGAAAGAGUGCUGAAAUUUAUUAAUACCCUUAUGAAGAAUGGAGAUAAGAAUUUAGCAAAAACACUGGUAACCAAAACUUUCGAGAGUGUCAAAAGAUUACAACUGCAGAGAUAUCACAAGGCAACAACGAGCGAAGAAAAAGCUGAAAUUGAAUUGGAUCCAUUUCUGAUUUUUCACCGUGCCGUUGAUAAUUGCAUACCGAUUUUACAAUUAAUGAGAUGUAGAAAAGGAGGAAUCACAUAUCAGGUUCCUAUUCCAAUUUCACCUUUAAAGGCACAGCACAAAUCUAUGUUAUGGUUAAUUGAAGCUGCAAAUGAGAAAGAGUCCACCCAAAGGUUUUAUGAUACAUUGGCCAAAGAAUUAAUAGCAGCUUCUCAGAAUCAGGGUCGUGCGAUUAAAUGGAAGCAAGAAUUACACAAGAAAUGUCAAGCUAAUCGGGCUUAUGCGCACUAUAGAUGGAUAUAGACAAGAUGAGUUCUAUAAAUAAAAUAAUUAUAAAUAAAAUGUAUAAAUAAAAUUAUUUCUCUGAAACGUAA